CGUACUUCAACGUUUUCGGCUGUGGCGUCCUCGGGCGUUAAGACGAUCGUUCAGCCCAAAUCGGCCAAGCCGCUGUUCGGAAGUGGAGAUAUGGGCGACGAAUAAUAAUUUGCACCAGUCUCUCCUAUCGCAACCAUGAAGUCCACUCACAAAGUGUACCCUGCAGUCGCCACCUAUCAAGAAUGUCUCAAUUUGCUCGGUCAUGGGAGACCUCUUUGGCAACACCCGGAGAACGAAAUGAGUAUUGGUGACGUCGGCGACAUGUCCUGUAUAGGUAUAUUUCGCCCCCUCUUCAACUUCACUCUCCCCCGUGACCAUCCUGUCAAUCGGUACUACGGUGUUCCAGCCAAUUUCGAGGUUCUUGAGCUGGGUCUGUCCGACAUACAGCGGUCCGAGAGCCAUCUUGAACAAGGGGCUAUUCUCGCCUCUCCAGGAGUCGAUGAAACGAAACCGGGGCUAGGCGCAGAGAACAUCGUGACCAUCGGUGCCCGGCGCCCAGAUCGUUCGUUCGCGUGCACCAAGGACGCCGGUGCAGUCCUCCUCCUCCCAGAAGGUGCCGCCCGCGUCGAGUUGACCGACCGAGCCCAGCACCGCAUCCACGAUUACUGUGUCAAGCACAUUGGAAGCUGGGCGGCGUAUCUGCGCGAGGGCAGAGAGCGACUGAUGCCUGAGCUUGUCCAGCAUCUGCUCGUCGUAACUGGCGUCGUCAAGUCUUCCACCUGGGCAAAGGGAGUCUAUGCGAAGAAUCCUCCGCCAGAUCCUGAGCGCGAGCACCUCUGGACACUGCUCCCUACCUGCCUGCAAAGGACUCGCCUCGGUCCAAUAGUUGCGGAACGCGCAGUUCCGUGCGGUCCAGGUACUUACGGGCCGUUCCCGCGCGAUAGCUGUGUUUUCAUCCUGGAGUCUCGUUUCAAGAUACGCCGGAGUCUACGCGACGUAUGCAUCUCUCGCAUAAAAGGCCCCGGUUCGCCACGGAACGUCGACUUCCUUAUGACAGGCGGAUGGGAAAGCAAUUGCCACGAUGCUGUCCAAGAGAUCCUCAAUUAUAUCCUCAAAUACUCGUCUGCUAAGAUUGCGGUCGCUGGGACUCGCGAUCUACGCGCAUUGGUGCCCUGUAUGCCGACACCUCCAUCGCCUGAUAGUUUCGUGAAAUACCUGAAGAAGCUACGCCCCAAGAUUAUAGUUAACGAUGCGAAGGUUGGGUCGUUGGACAUUGAGAGUUUGAGUGAUCCUGCCGAGAAAUAGUCUCCCUCGGUAUUCUUAGCGCAAACGUCUUCAAGCUCGUUUAUUGGAUUUUCUGAUUCAAAAUUUCACCUUGAGAAGUCAGAGGACAUAUCUUCUCGAAUGCGGUUGUGCAGUACAGUUUGGUAGCGCUCUUAGGGGGGAGUCGGUACCACCCAAAUUGAUGGUCAAUCUUUCGCACUGCGCCAACUUUUGGUCGUUCUACCUCAGCAUCAGCCUGUUUUCAGCUCUCAUUAGUGUCGACC